AUGACAGAUGAUCUACGACUUCUCUUUAAUGCUUAUAAGGUAGCAUUCGGGUUUCUUGAUGCUGUUGGACAAAGUGAAAGCAAGCUGGCGCAAGCGGCUAGAGAAGCAAGCUUUGAAGAUGAAAUUUUGGAAGAGGUUCGGAGAGCAGCUUUGGAAGAUGAACUCUCGGAUGAAGCCAGAGAAACAGGCUUUAACAUUGACCCAGAUAAACUUGCAUCAAUGGUCCGUAACCAUGAAAUCAAGUCCUUGAGAUUAUUCAGAGGAGUUGAAGGACUUGCAAGCAGAGUAAAAGUCUCAUUGAAUGAAGGAGUCAAAACAAGUGAUGUGGCUAUCAGGCAGAAGUUCUAUGGCUUUAACAGAUAUAGUGAGAAACCUUCUAGAGGUUUUUGGAUGUUUGUGUGGGAUGCUUUGCAGGAUUUAACUCUUACUAUUUAUAUGGUCUGUGCUGUGGUUUCAGUAGUGUUGGGACUUGCCACUAAAGGAUGGCCAAAGGGAAUGUAUGAUGGGUUGGGAAUUGUACUUAGCAUAUUCUUGGUGAUCCUUGUUACUGCAGUCAGUGACUACAAGCAAUCCUUGCAAUUUCAGAAAAGGAUAUUUAUUAAGGUUACCAGAGAUAAGCUUACGGAAAAGGCCUCCAUAUAUGACUUGGUUGUUGGAGAUGUCGUUCAUUUAUCCACGGGAGACCAAGUUCCAGCUGAUGGGAUAUUAAUUUCAGGACUCAACUUGUUGGUUGAUGAGUCCGGCUUGUCAGGCAAGAGUGUGCCAAUAAAUAAACACAAAACAAACCCUUUUCUUCUUGCUGGAACCAAAGUGCAACAUGGGUCAGGUAAGAUGCUGGUAACAACUGUUGGUGUGAGAACUGAAUGGGGUAAAAUGAUGGUGACUCUAAGUGAAGGUGGAGAAGAUGAUACCCUACUGCAGGGGAAGCUGAAUGGUAUUGCUACAAAUAUUGGUAAACUUGGAUUGGUUUUUGCUGUGCUGACAUUUACGGUGCUAACAGUGAGAUUCCUGGUAGAGAAAGCACUGCACAAAAAAUUCAGAGAUUGGUCUUCCAGGGAUGCACUGACAAUUUUAAACUACUUUACUGGUACGGUAGCCCCAGAAGGACUCCCACUGGCAGUGACACUAACCAUUGCCUUUGCAAUUAAAAAAUUGAUGAAUGAGAAGGCAAUCAAUAGGCUUCCCUGUGCAUCUGAGACGAUGGGUUCUGAAUGUAGCAAACCAGAAGUUUGCAGCAAAACUCCUGAGUACCUGAAGGAAAUGGUACCAACAAUGUAUGAAGAAAUACCUGCAAUGGCUUGGUCUUCACCUAUGGACCAGCACACUUUGGUAACCCACUCGAGGAAUACAUUUCAAGAAGUUGAUGAAGUUACUAGUGAUGGGACCAAUGAUGCUCCUGCUGUGCAUGAAGCAGACAUUGGACUCGCUAGGGACAUAGGAGGAACAGAGGAUGCAAAAGAAAAUGCUGAUGUCGUGGAUGCCAAUUCUACCACCAGAGUGGAAGUAGGUAAAUGGGGACCUGCUGUAUAUGCAAAUAUUCAGAAGUUUGUGCAGUUCCAGUUAACUGUCAACGUUGUCGCUCUCAUGAUCAAUUUUCUUUCUGCCUGCAUCUCAGGAUCUGGACCCCUUACAGUUGUGCAGCUGCUAUGGGUCAAUCUGAUCAUGGAUACACUAGGUGCAUUGGCACUGGCUACCCCACCACCGAAUGAGGGACUGAUGAAUAGGUCUCCUGUUAGGAGGAAUGUGAGCUUUAUUACCAAGGCCAUGUGGAGGAAUAUCAUUGGUCAGAUCAUUUAUCAACUGGCUGUUCUUCUAGUUCUCAAUUAUGAUGGGAAACAACUUUUGAGACUUAAAGGAUCAAAUGCUGCAGCCAUUCUCAAGACUUUCAUAUUCAACACCUUUGUGUUUUGUCAGGUGUUCAAUGAAAUAAACAGCCUUGACAUUGAGAAGAUGAACAUUCUUCGUGGCAUGUUCAAUAGCUGGAUAUUUAUAGGCGUCGUGGUUUUCUCAGUGGUACUCCAAGUAAUCAUAGUCGAGUUCCUGGGGACUGUUGCUGGUACUGUUCCCUUACGGUGGCAGCUAUGGUUAAUCAGCAUUUUGAUUGGAGCAGUGAGCAUGCCCGUUGCACUAGUUUUGAAAUGCAUCCCUGUUGACAUAAAGCUCGCUAAGCGCCAUAACCGUUCCCGUCCCCGCGCGAGCAGUGGUCUAGAACUUGUUUGAAAAAGGAAAGAAGGCACAUACAAAAGCUUUUAGGUAAGGAAGUAUAUAUGGUAGGCCUUUGUAUAAAAGAAGCUAGACAACUAGAGAUUUAUAUGAAAUCUCUCUUCAAAAUAGCUCGUGUAUAAUCCUUUUGAUAUGCACUCGCGCAUUGUACGGAAAAAAUUAAAUAAUAUUAUUUUAUAAAUAUAAAUUAUGUGUAAA